AUGGAUAGAGUGAUUUCUGAAAGCUGGGAUUCGCCAUCGCAGUUUGGAACCACUUGGAAUGGACUGAAUUUCACUGCACUGCAAUCUUUUCUCGACACCAACUGGGACAAGACUUGUACAGAUCAAUUUACACAUUUAGAGCCACCUUUAAGCUCCAAUUCGAGGUUUUCAAAUGAUUUGGCCCUCCGGGAGUUGAUUGGGAAUUCCGGCGGGUUUCCGGCGAAUGCAACGGCCACCACUGCCGCCAUGGCGGCGGCUACUAAUACUAAUAGUACCAACAAUACUUGCUAUAGUACGCCCUUAAACUCUACCCCUAAGCUGCAUUUCCCGAUUCUUGAUCAAAUUAACGUGCGCCAUUUGGGGAAUUCACUGCCUCCGAUUCCUCCUCUGCCUGCACUUUCCUGUGAUCCAGGUUUCGCGGAGAGAGCAGCCAAGUUUUCGUGCUUUGGCAGCCGGAGUUUCAAUGGUAGAACAAGUCCAUUUGAAUCAAAUAAUGCUGUGUGGAAUGGGAAUUUAACCCGAGUUUCGAGUAGUCCUUCUCUUAAACAAGCUGGAUCCCCGGCGGAAAACAAGAAUUUGAAUCAAUCACAGAUGGAAUUCAGGUCUCUUAAUGGGAUGGUUGAUAAGAAAUGGAGUAAAUUAUCAGGGGCAAGUGCCAAUUCUAAUGAGGAAUCCUCUGUUUCUGAGCAAAUCCCAAGUGGAGAAUUAGGUUCAAAAUCCCCAAAUGAACUCAAUUCUAGGAAAAGAAAAGCUGCUUCUAAAGGAAAGGCCAAGGAAGAUACAUCAACUUCAGCUAAGGGAUUUGAAGAUUACAACGAUCCAAAAACGAAGCAAUCAAAGCCUCAAGAACCUAGCAAAAAUGAAAAUGAUGAUGUUAAACCGGAGGAGGAAGCUAAGCGGAAUCCAAAUGGUGCUGAGGAUGAAAGUGAGAAACAAAAGGCUAAUCAAAAGCCCGAGGCACCAAAGGAUUACAUUCAUGUCAGAGCAAGAAGGGGCCAAGCCACCGACAGCCACAGUUUAGCAGAAAGAGUUCGACGAGAGAAAAUCAGCGAGAGAAUGAAGCUUCUACAGGAUCUAGUACCAGGCUGCAAUAAGGUGACUGGAAAGGCUCUAAUGCUUGAUGAAAUCAUUAACUAUGUUCAGUUGCUGCAACGCCAAGUUGAGUUCCUUUCUAUGAAAUUAGCCUCAGUAAAUCCAAGACUGGAUUUUGAAAUGGAAAAUCUUCACUCCAAGGAUAUAUUUCAAGAAAAAGGAAACCUGCCCCAACUAAUGUACCCUUUGGAUUCCCCAGCAACAGCAUUCUACAAUCAUCAACCCCAGCAGAAUGUACAACUACAUGAUGCCCAAAUUUCCAGGGGACCAUUGAAUCAAUGUUCAAUGGGCCCUUUAGAUGCCCACAACCCAGGAAUUCAAUUAUCUUCGAUGGAUGGAUUUGGUGAAAGUCUUCCUCAGUUCCCAGCAUUCAGUGGCCAUGAUUUGCAAAGCAUUAUUCAGAUGGGUUUCGGCAAGGAUCCUGUUAAAGAGAAUGCAUUUCAUUCAGAUAACUUCCAUGUUCCAAAUCAAACAUCCCACAUGAAAGUUGAGCUGUGA